AUACCGAGUAUCUUCGGCGUACCCGUAGUUACGAUAAAUAUAAAUAUUAAUUUAUUUAAUAUAAAAAUUGUGAAAAUACAAUAUAAAUUUACGUCGUAAACAGUUUUCUUAAGUGAGAAAACAUGGGAUGCCGUCCGAUAAAUACCACAAAAAGUGGAGAAUAUAUGAAUACUACUAAUCAAGCACGUAAAGAGGCACGUAAAAAAGAAUUAAAGAAAACUAAAAAACAAAGGCAGUUAGUACGCGCUGCCGUUCUAAAGGGCAAAGAUCUGGCUCAGAUUAUCGAAGAAAUGGAAAAAAUAGAUCAAAUGGAAUAUAAUGUUAUGCAGCCACCACCGCUUAAUGAGAAAGUGCUGAAAGACAAAAGAAAGAAAUUGAAGGAGACCUUGGAUCGUAUCUUGAAAAUGUAUGCAGAGGAUGAUCAGGAAAUGUGGGCAGAGUUAAAAAAGACAGUUAAUCAAUAUGAACGUAGAAGAAUAGAUCUUGUUUCAUAUUUUGAAGCUGUACGACAUGCACAACAAGUACAAGUUGAUGAAAUUCCAUUACCAUCAGCUGCUGUUGUUCAUAAAAGGCGUGAAAUUGAACGAGCUGAAGAUUUAAAUGCACGAUUGUCACUACUGGAAGCAAAAAACGAAUCUAAUUCAAAAUGUAAUAAUAAACACACAAUGCCACCUAUGGGAUUGCCGCCGCCCCCACUGCCCCGUAUUGGACUUCGAUUACCUCCUGGCCCACCACCAGGAAUGCCAAGGAUGUUGAGACCUGGUCCACCAAGUAUGCCAAGAAUGCCUCCUCCACAAAUGCAAAUGCCAAAUCUAUCAAAUAUGACAAAUAUAGGAAAUCCUCAAAUGCAGACACAAUCUGCAACAGGAUCACAACCUAAAACACCUAAUGUACUUUCUGCUGCACCACAAUUAAUUAAUCGAAAAGAUAAAGACGGUAAAAGCACUACAACUAUCGAAGCAAAACCACAAAUUAGGAAUUUAGCAGCUGAUGUUACAAGAUUUUUACCUAUCUCUCAUCGUGUGAAAAGGGAUGAUAAAAGGAAACCAAGUAUUUUGUCAAGACUUUCAGAAAGGAUACCAGAAACGCAACCAAUGCGAACUACUCAACCUAAAACAAAAGAUGAUGCAUAUAUGCAAUUUAUGCAAGAAAUGGAAGGAUUACUUUAAAUUUGUAAUACUGUGUAUAAUAGAACUUUACUUGAAUAGCAAAAAAUUAAAUCUUGAAGAAUA